GAUCUAUGCGCUCAAUGCGUGAAACGGAUGCAUUCAUAGUAAUAAAUCACGUGACACGGUGACAUCCACCGUAAAAAUGAUAAUGAAAACUUAGUAUUCGUAAAAUAAAGUAUUUUAGCGUACUUUAUUAUUUUUACAAAGUAUAAAGUAUGUUCGUCCAAAAUAACGUACAAUACUUUAUUUUAAAGUACGGGUGGCAACCCUAUUUGUGACAGAUCUCCCAUAGCCAAAAUAAACGAAAUCUUACUGUAAAUUUUUUUGAAUUUGAACGUUUAUCUUCUGACUGUUUUCCCAUUUGUGGAUAUUAUGAAAAGAGAAAUCUUUCUGGAAUCUGCUGGAAUGUUCUCUCGAUUCAUGUUCCUGUAUACUAAUAACAUGUUCAUGUAUACAAAUAACACGCAGAAUGAGAAGUACUCGCUCACAAGAAAUAGAAAUACCUGUUUCGAAAAAGAAGAAAAAGAAGAUACGUGGAAAAAUUGUAAAGAACGUGGAAAUAAAAUAAAUAAUUUAUACUUAAGUAAUAUCAGAUAAGUUUGUAGAAAAUUAAUAGAAAAAUGUUGCAAUUAGAAACAAAACAAAUAAAUCCAAAGUUAAAAUUUUACAUUAUGAAGAAAAGGCAACAGAAGAAACAAGAGAUCGAAGCGGAAUGUUUGCGCCAAGAGAAACAAGAACGCGAGAAGAUUCUAACAGAAUUGAAUGGAUCACAUGAAAAGUUUUCCAUUUUGGAGAAAGAGCUUUCCAAUUAUAGAGAAAAAAAAGAUCAGUUGCUUAAAGAGCUUGAUGUUACAAACAAAAUUUUAAAACAGACUGAGGAAGUCAAAAUACAAAAAAUGAAUAAUGACAGAAAUAUGGUAAUAAAGGAAAAUUCGGCAGGGAAAAAUAGAGAACAUCUCACUCAUCAUAAGAUAGCAUUACAAAAUAAAAUUAUUGAUGCAUCACCAUUGUCUGCACCCAUAAUUCAAACCCCAUUGAUGAUAAUUAGUGCAGACAGCUUAUCACCUGCAAUAUAUCCGAAUAAAACACAUGUCAACAAAAAAUUACCAUCCAAUUUAAAUGGCGAAGUACAGCUAAAAACGAAUCUGCAUGUGCCAAAGCUGCACUCACCACUCACACUUGGAAUUAUGACUGAUGAUUCUAAUCACAAAAGUGCAUUCUCACCAUUCAAAAAAUACCCAAAACUAUUGAAGUCAACUCCAAAAAAUUCUAUAUCACGGUUUACGACAAUUAGUACAGACAAUAUAUCACCUGCAAUAUUUCCGGAUAGAACACAUGUCAACAAAAAGUUACCAUCCAUGUUAAAUGAUGAAGUACAGCUAAAAACGAAUCUGCAUGUGCCAAGGCUGCAUUCAUCACUCACACUUGGAAUUAAUGAUUCUAAUCACAAAAGUGCAUUCUCACCAUUCAAAAAAUCCUCAAAACCAGUCAAGUCGUCUCCAAGAAAUUUUAAGUCACAGAAUAAGACACGAAUAAAUACAUAUAAUCUACACUCAUUAAAAGAAAACAAGGAUAUUAAUAAACAAGAUAUAUGUGAUGAUAAUUUUGCUGACAUUAAGCUGAAUCAGGAUAUAGAUGUAAGGAUAAGAAGAAGCAGAAUUUCUUUUGAUUAUUCUCAUUUAUCAUCGGCUCAAUUGCAACUUAAUCCCUCUCCAGUUCCUUCUUUGUAUCCAUAUUCUCCAUAUCUUUCUGAUAUUAAUCCUAACUUAAAUCUUCAUGCAUCCUCUACUUAUAUAACUUCUAAUAUCAACCCAAAUUUUGUGCCUCCUUUGACUUAUGCCAACCAAAUUCCUUUAUUAUCUUCUGUUACUUGUGACGGUACUUCUUAUAUGAAUCCUACUUAUUUAUCUCCCAUUUACUCCAAUGUGUCUCAUGUUCAACUACCUUCUUCUUUGAUUCCUGUUACUUGGUCUAGUACCUCUCAUAUCACUUCGACUUCUUUGCCUACUGUUAGUGAUGUCAAAUCAAACAAUAAUUCACCUCCAAUGGUUACAACAAAAGUCUAUUUUAAUACUUUUUGUGGCGAUUCACCUUCCUGUAACUCUUCCUGAUUACAGUUACUGAUACCCAUCUCCAUUACCAAUGUUCCAUUUAUUAAUUGUACAACCUGACAGAUGGUCUAUUUCCUAAGAUUAGUUUUCUUCUUAUUAAGAAUGAGCGACGAUUUAUCUGACAGUAUUAUUUUAAAUGCUGGAAUCUACUGCAAAUCAGAGGAGUAAGUGAAAUUAUGAAUUCUAAUUUUAAUUGUAAGUCAAAUAAAUCAAUGUAUUUUUUACAUUUAUUUUCAUGCAAUUGUACGCAUUUAAUCUAGCAUAACUACCUGAAUUUAUCCAAUAUCUCAUCUAGAAACUUCCACAAAUAAAGCAAUUUUGUGUGAUACAAACAGUAUAUUGUUAAAAAAAAAAUUAAAUACUAAUGUAUAAAAG